UUUAAGUUUAGGUUUAGAGAAUCGUGUCAGAAUUGACACCAUUGAUUGUUGUCUUUCAGUAUAGGUUAUGAGAAACAUGCCAGAAUCGACACCAUUGUAUCCUUCAUAGCAAAUAUGUCUAUGGAGUACAAACAGUGUAGUUUCCGUUGCUUUCCCUUUUGGGAGAACUUUUAGAAUGACAGAGGGGGACGUUACUGACAGUGACAUUUAAGAACGGAGGUUCUUUUUCGUUUUGAGAGAACAGAAAUUUCGACGAAAUGGCGAAGUCGAAGAAUCACACAAAUCAUAACCAAAACCGCAAAGCCCACAGGAAUGGAAUCAAAAAACCUACGAAGUUCAGGCAUGAAUCUACUCUUGGUAUGGAUCCCAAAUUCCUGAGAAAUCAGCGGUUUUGCAAAAAAGGCAAUCUUAAACCUGCAAAACAGUUGGCGAGAGCAGCAGAGAGGAAAGCAACACGGGAAGCGAAAGCUAAGAAAUAAAUCGCACCUAGAUUUAAGACAAUAAAAAUUUACAACUAUUUAUGUGGUAUAUUUUUACAUGUCUUCCAUCAUUCUUACAUACUGACUGUUCAAUAACUUUACUGCUGAUGAACAUCAGGAAGAAAGAACCUGCCAGUAAAAAGAUCUAACAAUGGAUUUGAUUGAUUGGGUGAUCAAACUAGUAUUAGGGUGAGCGCAAGCGGGGAUUUUCUGAUUUACUUGAUUGCGGCAGAGUGAUAAUGGAACGAUGCAAUAUGAUUGCCAAUGGAAAUCGGGUAAAUGAUUUAGGCUCUUAUUACAGAAUGACAAGUGUUGAUCUCUACUUGAGUACAGUUUGAAAGGGACGUCGCUUUGUAUAUCACAGCGACAUCCCUUUCUAUCUAUGCUCGGACGGUUCACGUACUUUUCCGAGGACGGAAAAAAUAUUGAUCUGCCGGUUUGCAUAUAUUAAGAGCCCUUUCACAUUUUUUG